CAUGCGAACUUUCGGAGAAGCCGAGGGCGAGCCAGACUAAGAAACAAUCCCAAAGAAUUUAAGUUAAACCCGAAACCGUAAAGCAAUUGAAAAUUGAACAUUUUUCUAAACCCCGUUGAUCUUUAAGUUUAUCAUCCAAGUUCAUGUACCAUAGCUUUUAUAAAUAUCCCCAUCCAUUUUCCCUUCCAAGUUCCAAUAUUCAAUUCAACACCUUCCCUCAUUCUCUUCAAAUGUACGGACAAAGUUGCUACGAGUCCGAUUUGGCCCUUUUGGACUCCAUUCGCCGCCACUUACUCGGCGACUCCGAGGAACACAGAUUCGGAGCCCCGAAUGUUAAUUCGGGUAGCACUCCAUUGUACUCUCGGAGCUCCAGUUUCGGCAGGUUGUACCCUUGCCUGAGUAACGAUUGGGGCGAACUUCCUCUUAUGGAAGACGAUUCAGAAGACAUGCUUCUUUAUGGUGUUCUUCGCGACGCCGUGAACGUAGGCUGGGUCCCAUCUCUCGACGCUUCCUCACCGGAGAGUUUCUCGUCGGCUUUCAUGCCGCCGGUGACCGUGAAAUCCGAAACGGAUCUAUUUCCGGCACCGGAACCGAUUUGUAACCCUCCGGGGGUUCAGGGCCCGGCGCCGGCGGUAGUUCCGGCGAAAGGGAAGCACUACCGGGGCGUGCGGCAGCGACCGUGGGGAAAAUUCGCAGCGGAGAUCCGCGACCCGGCUAAAAAUGGGGCUCGGGUUUGGCUUGGGACUUUUGAGACGGCUGAGGACGCCGCGCUGGCUUACGAUCGAGCCGCGUAUCGAAUGCGCGGCUCGCGGGCUUUGUUGAAUUUUCCGCUCCGGAUUAAUUCGGGCGAGCCCGAACCGGUUCGAGUUACGGCGAAGCGGGCUUCAGCAGAACCGUGUUCUUCGUCGGAGAGUGGAUCUUGGGUGAAGAAGCGGAAGAAGGUGGUGGGUUGAGAACGGGGCACGUGGAGAGCAGUUGUUGGUGAAGUAAUUUGUGAUGCUAAAAAGGGGUGGAAUAAAUGGGUUGGCAUGCUCACUCAUUGCUCAAGUGGGACUGUGGGACUGAUCAAAUCUAAAGCUAAAAAAGAAAACAAACCACAUUUGGAAAAACUGAUUAUGGUCGAGGUUCUGUUUGGCUUUGUGAAUACAAUUACAAGAUUUCUUAUUUUUUGGUUCAAUUCUAUAAUAAUAUCUGUAACAUAGUUGGGUAGGGCACCCACCCUUGUGCUAAACUAAGUGAUUUCAAUAAAAUAUAUUUUGCCUUUAAAAACAAA